CACCCACAGAAACACCACAAACCUGCUCCCUGCCAGUCUGACCAGCAGGUCUGUGGGUCAGCAGCUAGGAGAGGAGCAGGCCAGAGACAAGAGACCCACCAAGAUAGCCGACAUCAGAGGCUAGAGAAACAGAGGUCUCAGGAGAAGUAGAGGCAGCCGCUGAGGCAGCCGGAGCCAGACCCAGGGCAGCCUGGCAGGUGAGGCUGGGCCAGCAUGUUGGCCUGCCAAUUCUGGAGAGCUAUCAGCAGGGCGCUGUUUGCCGAGUUCCUGGCCACGGGGCUGUACGUGUUCUUUGGGGUGGGCUCAGCCCUGCCCUGGCCCUCGGCGCUCCCCACCGUGCUGCAGAUCGCCAUCACCUUCAACCUGGCCACAGCUGUGGCUGUGCAGAUCACCUGGAAGACCAGCGGGGGCCACAUCAAUCCUGCCGUGACUCUGGCCUUCCUCGUGGGCUCCCAAAUCUCCUUGCCCCGUGCCAUGGCCUAUGUGGCUGCCCAGCUGGCAGGGGCCACUGCGGGGGCUGCUCUGCUUUAUGGGGUCAUCCCAGGAGACAUCCGAGAAACCCUUGGGGUUAACAUGGUCCGGAGCAGCGUCUCAACGGGCCAGGCCGUGGCUGUGGAGCUGGUUCUGACCCUGCAGCUGGUACUCUGUGUUUUUGUUUGCACCGACAACCGGCAGGCAUCGGGCUCCCCGGCCACCAUGAUGGGGAUCUCUCUGGCGCUGGGGCACCUCAUUGGGGUCUACUUCACAGGCUGCUCCAUGAACCCGGCCCGCUCCUUCGGCCCUGCUAUCAUCGUUGGGAAGUUCGAGGUCCACUGGAUCUUCUGGGUGGGACCCCUGGCAGGAGCUGUCCUGGCUUCCCUGAUCUACAACUUUAUCCUCUUCCCUGGCACCAAGACCAUGGCCCAGCGACUGGCCAUCCUCAUGGGUAGCGAAGAAGUGGAGAAAGUGGCAGAAGAAGAGCCCGAGAAGAGAGAAUCCCAGUCCAGUUCAGGGGACACAGAAUUGGGGAACAUAUGUCAGACAGUAUAGAACGGGGCCCCUCAUCUUUGGGCUUCUGCGAGGAGCCCUUUAGGUAGAUAGGCUGCCUUGUACGACCAGAUGUCAGGUUUUGUGGGGGGAGGGGGAGGGGGGAGAGGAUGAGGGCAGGAAGGAUGGGGAGGCUAGGCCUCUUGUCCUAACAGGGUGGGCCGGGAAUGCCAAUCCCUACCCCUGGCACUAUAUUUCUAGACAGAAAGAAUCUGGGAAGCAAAUCUGUGCAGUCUCCUCCUCCUACAUCUCUUAAUGGGACAGAGCAGGAGGAGGCAGGGAAAUUCAUGACUGCCCUCCUCUUCUCUCAUCCAUCUGGAUCCUAGUGGGCAUCGUGGGCCUCCAGAUCGCCUUGUCUUGGGUAUUAGAGCCCAGACAGCCAUUCAGCUUAGAUACUAAGGGCUAUAGAGACCUUGGGGAACCUCAACAUCUCACCUACCCUUGAAGGGAAAGCGAGACUUCCCAGAAGAAUCAGGUCCUGGGAUGGUCUCUGAGCUCCUCAUAGGGAUAUCUCUGCUCUUGGGUAUAGUUUGGGGGCUACAGACCAGCCCUCAGCCUGAGGCUGUGCCCUGAGGACAGAGACGGUCCUUCCAAUCGAUCUUCAUUCCUCAGGCUUCUAAAUACACAGGAGAGGACCCUGCCUUGGGGAAGAGGGGCAGGAUAUAGGCAAGGGAGGUUUGGGUCAAACAGGCCUUUUCCAGGGCAGGCUCUCCCCAGAUGUUUGCCCACCUUCGAUGCCACAGCCCCAUCCAUGGGAACAAUCCUGAGAGGAGAAGGUCCUUAUCCCAGGCCCCUGUUCAUGACCUGGGCAAUAAACUGUCUCCAGCCUCAUUUGCAAUUUUGCCAGGAUCCUCAAAAAGCUACUAAUGAAGUCCCAAGGAUGGUAAGAACUUAGGAAUGACCCAAGAAACCAGAAUUUGCAGUUGGGUGCUUCUGAAGGACAGCAAGCCUCAGUGGGUUUGUUUGUAUUUAUAAGCUGCUGUAAAUACUGUCCCCCCAUGACUUGGGGCCCUAUGGAUCUCAGCUUCCCCAGCUAUAAAAUGGGCACAGUCCUCCCCUAGUGCCCGCUGUCAAAACAAAUAAGAGACUGGAAAAUGUUUUCGGAUGUUAAAAUGUUAGAAAAACAAACCCAAUAAAUGAUGAUUAUUGUCACUGUUA